AUGCCUACCAAUCUUCCAUCGAGUUUUGCCUCUGCUGCAGCUGGCCAGAAUGCAAACCGGGGCUCAAGGGGAAAUACUGGAGAAUGGCCUCGUCGCGAUGGACGCUCCGCCAACGGGACUCUGACCCUCCGCCGAACCUCCACCACCCCCCUCAACCAGACAUCCCAGACGCCUGCACCUUCGGACAGCACCCCCCAUUCCCCAACAGCUGCUGACCCCCCAACCUUGUCGUCUUCCUCGGCACAACCUCCUGCUCCCCCUCUGCAGGAGUUGGCCCCGGCGCGCUACACCAGGGAGGAGUUGUUGGCCAUUGCCCAGAACUCGAGGCCCGUCAACCAGGUGUCGCGUCUCUUCAUGCCAGGGUGGAAUCCGGGCCAGGUCAACGGUAACGGUGGCCCGCCGUCCAGGGCUUGGGGGAAGAGCAACGAGAACCAUGUCCCGCAAGAGCCUGGUGCUUGCUGGGAUGAGACGGCUGAGAGUACCCCUCUGGGAGUUCAAGCCAUGUCGCCAGACGAGAGAGAGAUCUUCGCGAGCGACAUAAACUCCCCCCUCAAGCCGCCGUCCAUGGUCAAGGACAACGCCGGCCCCGCCCCAGUGAAUGGUAGAAAGACAUCACUGUCUCAGGGAACUGCGAAUGCCUUUGGCUUAACCUCGCCUUCCUCCGCCACCCGACCGGGCACCCGCCGACGAGAGACGGGAGACUCCAACACUCUCUCAGGUCUCAACUCGCCUCCAGCUGCUGGCCGCACUCCGCGCGAGGACUCGUCGUUCUGGUUCUCGCGCAAGACCACCGCAGACCUGAGAGAGUCGUCAGAAGCCGACGAGAGCCCGGACGCUGCCGACCUCGCCUCGCGCGACGCCUCCAAUAAGUUCCCAUUCGGCAACCUCAUCCGCAGCAACACGGGUGGCACCACCCCGACUGGCGGUGGUAUGGGCUCCAUCUGGUCGCCUUCCAAUCCCAGCACACCGAGCGCCGGGGCCUUUGGAAGCUUCGCCCUCGGCGGCACCUCCUCGGCCGACAAGCGCGUCGGUGGCACCGGUGGUGGCGGUGGUGGCGGCAGCCGUCUAGCCCACCUUAUCCCUAAGGAUGGGUCUGACAGCAACGCCACCGCGACACGACAGGCGGAAGGCCAGAAUCCCCUCAACCAGGCCUCGUGGCGAUCGCGGAACCGUGCCGACACGGACCCCUUUGGUGAGGACCCUCCGCCCUCUGGAAGUGCCGCCCUCGGUGGCGCCCAGGAUACCGCCGCCUCUGCCCCCUCGGCCCCCAGCCGCGUCGGCACUCUGGGUACCCCUGUCAAGGGCUCCGCCGGCGACUUUGGCAUGUCGGGCCUCAAUCUCGGCGACACUGACCCCACCAGCCCCUCCGAGACCAACCCUUUCCGCAGCCCAGUCGACAAGCAAGACCAGGAAGACGCAGGUGAUGCCGCUUCCACAGGUCGCAUGUACGGCGGUGCUGGCCUCUUCCACGACCCCCUCACCUCCAUGCACCCACUCCAGCGCGCCUUCAACGGAGCGCCUGACGCCCACGACCGGAGCCAGACGUCUAGCGCCGGCACCAAGGGGUUUCCCUUGGGCCACAUGUCAGCCUGGGCGGCCCCCGGUGGCCCCACGAGCAGCACCCCCGACCGCGAGCGCACGGGCUUGACCAGCGGACCCUUCUCCCCGGGAAUCUUCAGCUCCAUGGGCGGCGCCGGUGACACGACCCCCGGCGGCAGCAUGGGUGGUCUCGGCGGCUUGUUCGGCCACGGAGGCGCCGCCGGCCCCGUCGGUACCGGUAGUAUCGGCCGUGGCAGCAAGCUCGGCUCCCUUUUCCCGGCCGCCAUGCAGGCUCAGAUGCAGCAGGCCCAGGAGCAGCACGAUGAUGGUGCCGCCGCCCACGCAGCCGCUAAUCCCCUCGGCGCAAUUGGCCGUGGCAGCUUCCCUCUGCCCCCAAUGCGCGACACCGAGAGCCCGAUGAGGUCGUCCCGCGGCGUCUUCGAGGAACUCUUUCCCUCCAGCGACGCUAGCAGGGGCCUCCACGGCGGUGCGGCUGGUGACCCCGGCUCCGCAUCCGCCAUCCCCCAGUCCUUCACUCCCGUCAGCGGCGGAGCCAUGGGGUUCGGCGGCGCCGUGGAGCCCCCCACGGCCCAGACCCGGACAAUGGUGAUGCCUGACCGUAUGAGGUGGGUGUAUCUCGACCCGCAGGGCCAGAUCCAGGGCCCCUUUACCGGACUGGAGAUGAACGACUGGUACAAGGCCCACUUCUUCACCCCAGAUCUGCGUGUCAAGAAGGUCGAGGAUCCCGAGUUCGAGCCCCUCGGCCAGCUCAUCAGGCGCAUCGGCAACUCGCGCGAGCCCUUCCUCGUGCCCCAGGUCGGCAUCCCCCACGGCCCGCCCUCCCAGGCCAGCGGCUUCCCCGCGGCCAACACGGGUGGCGUCGUGCCUCCUCUGAGCGGUGUCUUUCCCAGCUUCGGCAGGACCCUCACCGCCGAGGAGCAAAACAACCUCGAGCGCCGCAAGCAGGAGGAGCAGUACAUGAUGGCCCAGCAGCGGGACUAUGCCAUGCGCCAGUCGGCCAUGUCACGCUUCCAGGGCCAGCAGCCGGGACUGCAGCACCACUCUAGCGCCCAGAGCUUGCAGAGCCAGCCCAGCUUCGGCAGUAUCGCCUCGCCCAUGGGUCAGAUGUCUCUCGGCCAGCAGCAGCCCAUCGGCGGCGGUGGCCUUCCUAUCGGUGCCGGAGCCCCCUCGGGAGCCGCUGGCUUCUUCGACCCCGCCACCGCCGGUCUCGACAACCGCCCCGGAAUGCAGUUGGCUUCGGGAAACGACCUGCCCCCCGUGGGGGACGAUUUCCUAGCCCACCUUUCCGUCAAUGAGCGUCAGGUUCUGGCCGCAAUCCAGUCUGGUCAGGUCUCCUCCCAGCAGGGCAUGGAGGCUCUCCAGAACCUCGGCGGUCUGCGCUCCGACCUCCCCAGCAUCGACGACCUCGGCGAGGAUGGCGAGGGGUUUCGCGAGCGUCUGAUGGAGUUCCAGAACUUGCGCGCUCAGCGUGAUGCCGAGGACGCCGCCGCCGCUGCCGAGCAGCAGCAGCAGCAGCAGCAGCAGCAGCAGCAACAACAGCAGCAGCAGCAGGUCCCCUCUACUGCUGCCAAGGCUGCCGCCAAAGCCGCCGGUGAGGACGGGCCGGCCUCCGCUGCUGCGCCCGCUCCCGCUCCCGCUCAGCAGCAGCAGUCCGAGCCGACGUCGUCGCACAGCAAGGCCAGGGGCAGGAAGGACAUUGACGAAUCGAACCUCUCCCUGACACAGCAAGUGCAGAAGGCCCAGGCCGAGGCCGCCGCCGCCCAGGACGGUUCCCCGGAUAUGCCCAUGCCCUUCCCUCCCCCCUCGUCCUCGACCCCGCUGCCCGCCCCGACAGCUCAGCGCGCUCGCUCCAACCUCCCGGAACAGUACAGUCGGCCGCGCACCCAGACGCCCGGGGAUGAGCACGCCGCCGCCGUUGCGCCCUCGCAGCCUCCCCCGCUUGCCCCGUGGGCCAAGGAGACCGCCAACUCGGACGCGCACAAGGGUCCCUCCCUGAAGGAGAUUCAGGAGGCCGAGGCCCGCAAGGCCGCCAAGGCCGAGGAGGCCGCUAUGGCCGCCCGCAAGGCAGCGCUGGAGCAGGAAGUCUCGUCCAUCCGUGAGAAGGAGAGGCAGGCCGCCUCGGCCGCGGCAGCCGGUCUCCCCGCUACGAGCACGUGGGGCCACGCCUCGCCCGUCGCCGGCGCAAGCCCCUGGGCUACCAACCCCGGUGCUGCCAAGUCAUCCCUCGCCCCUGCACCAUCCGCCUCGGCUGCCAGCAAAAAGACUCUCGCCGAAAUUCAGCGCGAGGAGGAGUCCCGCAAGCAGAGGGAGAGCAGCAGCAGCAGCAACGGUAUCGCCACGCAGCAGCAGCAGCAGCCGCAGCCGCAGCAGCAGACCCGUGCCGCGCCCGGCGGCGCUGCAAAGAGCUACGCCAACCUCGCCUCUCCCUCUGUCGGCGGUGUCCUCGCUCCUGCCCCUCCACCUGGUGCGGGAUGGGCCACCGUCGGUGCGGGUGGUAAGGUCAAGGUCCCCACCGGACCUGCGGCCGUGCAGCCUCGCUCGGCUAGCACCACUGGUGCCAAGCCUGCUGGCACACCCGUCGCGUCGCCGUCGGCUGUGAAGCCUAUGAGCAGGCCUGGACCUGCGGCGAAUGGCAAUGUUGCCAUGGACGAGUUCAGAAAGUGGGUUCAGCGUGAGCUGAGCAGGGGGCUGAGCGUCAACGACAUCUCCGGCUUCGCUUCCACCCUCGAAGCCCUCCCACUAGACAAGGGCAUCAUCGCCGACGCCAUCUACGCAUCGUCCAACAUCAUGGACGGCCGUCACUUUGCAGAGGAGUACGUCCGUCGUAAAGGACUUGCCGAGCGCGGCGUCGUCGAGAAGCAGCCCGUCACGUCUCUCUUCUCAACCGUUGAUGCUGGCAAGGCCUCUGGCGCCUCGAGCGGCGGAUGGUCCGAGGUGGCCAAGAAGAGCGGAGGAGGCAGUGGCACUCCCGGCGCUGCUGUCGGAUCAGCCAGUCCGUCUCCCGCUGGUGUCGUGGCUUCCGAUCCCAUUCAGGCGGCUGGAUUCAAGGUUGUUCCUAGCAGGAAGAAGGGCAAAAAAUAG